UGGCAAUAAAUUAACCUUUUGCGGUUUGCCAGUUGGCAGUUAUCCAAGUCCUGUUUGCAUGCCCUCGACUUCUUUGAGGAUAAGGUUAUGGCAGCAGUACUCACAGUAGGAUAUGAACAAAACCGUGUCAGAAAGAUCAGGGAGAUCACUGAUACUGAUGUGUCUGACUGGCAGUCAAUAGUUGUGCCAUUCUCCAGUGGCAUCUUUGGCAUGGAGGCCAAGCUUGCAGCCUAUCGCGCUGAGAAGCAGAGGCGCUGGGAGGCGGAGCAGCGGCGCCAGCGGCUGGCGGGGCUGUACCAGACUGCCACCGGCCUGUUCCGGCGUCAGGCGCCCGCGCCGGCGGAGAUGGAGCCGUCGGCGGCGGCCACCGAGCCCCUGCUGCCUCCCUCAGCGGCUGCUGACGGUCCUCCGCCGCCGGCGGAGCUCCGUGACGUCACCGGCAGCUCCGGCGGCGCGCUCGACUGGGUCAUCCUGGCCUGCAAGAUCGGCCUCUACCUCACCCUGUUUGGUAUCUGCUGCCAUUUCCAGUUCGGCGCUGCGUACGUCGUCGUGACGGCCAUUCCAAUCAUCUACUUCAGCACCAGCACGCGAGGCCGACGGCCGGGCGAGGCCAGUGCCUACUCUGUGUUUAACCCCAACUGUGAGGCCAUCGACGGCACGCUGACGGGCGAUCAGUUCCAGCGUGAGAUCAUGUACGGUCCCGGCGCCACCUAGCCGCGAUUCGUGUACUAGUGGUGCCUGGAGUCGCCGCGGGACGAUGGCAGCGUCAGACGGUGUUGGUGAUGAUCGGUGGUCUGCAGGAUCUUCGUGAAACAAAACCUGAAAGUUUCAGAUGUUAUUCAUAAUCCUGCAUUAAUCACAUGAAUUUAUUUUUGGUAUGAUAACAGCUCCAGGCUGUUUCUAAUUCGUGUGGUUCUUUAUAUGUUAUGUCUGCAGUGAUGGCAAAUAACUAGCAAUUUCGAACACAGGCACUUAACAUUCGCGUGGGAUGGUCGCUCUAAUGCCCUCAUAUAAGUUGCUAAGAGGUAGGCAAUGCCUGCUAAGAGGUAGGCAAUGCCUUGGCGCCUUUAAUGUUAUGACUGGCGAAUGUCUGUGCUCUCUAUGUAGAGCUAUCGAAUUACGGCGGAUGGCCUUUGGGGAGUGAAGGAUUUGCUUUACACUAGCUACCGUUUGGUUUAGUUAGAGAGUUGCGAUGCUUCCGGGUGUAUUUGGUCUAAUUGAUAGCUUUAGUUUCAAAACUCUUUCACUCUUUUGCUUCGGGGCUUGCCAUUACAACGGCGUUUGCUGUUUUUCCUAGUAGGUAUUCUAGCGUGGAGCAUGGAUAAAUUCAUGGUAUGAUAUCUGUGGAUUGGUUCAGCUGCGAGCUCUGCUUUACCGUUAGAAAUGCGUUUCAUGUUAGUUGAGCAAGACCAGGUUAUUUUUUCGUGAAGGGUGGUCUGAGCAAGAUGCAUUUACCUGAUAAGAGUGUAUCUGUUGUCCUUGAUAUGUUCACUGGGUUGUGCUUGUUAUUGCUCAUAUCAUUUAUAGUACCGCCUGUUUUAAAUUCAGUUCAGGUGGGUCAAUGUAGGUUGUGCGACAGUUGAAAUACCUGCUAUUAUUUAUUACAAAGGCUUGUAAGGCGUGUUCAUAAUCGUAAAUGUGAUAUAUUGAGCGGCACAAAUUGCGCCUAAUUACGGUGCCGACUGUUUGUCGUUGUUGUUAGUGUCAGCACGAGGGUGGCGUUGUUGUAUGGUGCGUGGAUUUAUCACUCGCCGCUGCUCAAUACACGUUUACGGACGAAA